AUGCCCGUUUCAACGUUCUCUUCUUCCCACACGGCGCGGCACCACAGCAACCUGAUCGCGCGCUGGAACUCGACUCGCGACCGCAUCGAUGCCGACGAGCGGCGCCGCAGCAUGAGAGAUAUGCAGGAGCUGGAUGGGACGGGCCUACACGACCGCCCAGACUGGCCGCUGCCCUCUCCCCCGACACCAGAGCACGGCUUCGAUGUUGGGAAGAGCGUGGAGCAGCAUGGAGCUGUAGAGAUUCAAGAUGAGCAGGUCGAGGAGAGCGCGGUGCUGCGAAAGCCCGAGGAGAUUUCAGGGUACAUGAAUGGAGUAACGUACAUGGACUACCACGACGAUGUGAGUGACAUCGACGAGGACGAUGACGACCUGGAGCACGAACAGAACACAGCGUCGUCAGUGCAGCACCACCUCCCAUCACCGCCCGAGCAGCCAUCGCUGUCGUCGCCGUCACACAUGGCGGUGCAGCAUCAUCGAGACUUGGCCUCUCCGCAAUGCGAAACGGAGCCCGAAGUCUCGCCAGUCAGGGAAGAGCAUGCAUCCUCGCCCUCAAACGACAGGGAAGUGCCAGACCAACAACAGCCUGAAUCACAUCAGCAGCGUCGACAUCUCGUGCACAGCGAGAUCCAUGGGCGUGAAACGGAAGAGGAAGACGACGUCAACGAAUCGCGAGACGUCGCCACACCCAUCCCUUUCGGCACAGAGUCGCCGGAGUCGAGGCAAGGGCAGCAACACCGCAACACCCCGCCGCACGUGAAUGGGAACACCACACCGACGCCGACCAUCAACGGCGCCAACCAUCGAAGCUCGAUCGCCAAAGGGCCCAUGCAUACACCACCUCAUCGCAGAACGUCGACGAGAUCAUCGUGGGUCAGCACCACCCAAAUACCACACAAUAAAGAGCGAGUGAGAUAUAGCUGGCAGAGCGUACAAGAUGACGAGCCCAAUCGUCCGCGGAUACAUAUCAUCAAGCUGGUGUCCAAUGUUGCAACAGCUUCGGCAGGCUUUCCCACGGGAGAAGCAUUUGGGUUUUCAAUAUCGCCAGGCGGCAGGAGGAUAGCAGCUUUCAACAGUUCAAGGCUGUAUGUGUUGCAGACGAAUGCUCUGCCGGUGGGAAUAAGUCAGGACUUUGCACUGAAGAGGAGACCAUUGGCGGUGGAACUGAUAGACGAGGCCAAUGUUAUGGCAGUCCUGGCCGAUGACCACACCGUGAACGUCUACGAUCUGGGACUACAUCUGAGGAGAAUACGAACGAUCAAGCUCGACUUCCCCUCGAGUUGUAUCGCACUGGCUCCUACUGGAGGACUACUGGCCGCAGCUUACGAAGGAGGAGUGGAGAUAUUCUCACUGGCGCCCGAGGCCCUGCCAACAGAUCGGCGGGCAGUCAGAUCAACCAAGAUGGACCGGCUGUGCUUCUCAGAUGAUGGCUCUACCUUACUUGGGACCACCACACGAAUCAACGUCUCUUCCACAGUCGUGGUGCAGGUACCAGUCUUUCCAUCAUUACCCAACAACACACCAACACACGAAGAGCUCAAAGAAGCGUGGUGCUCUGAGCUACUGCACCCGGAUAACAUUCGGAACAGCAGCCACGCCACGUUCAUGCGAGAAGAUAGAAAGACCUGCAACGAGCGACUGUUUGCAUGGAAUGGCGUGGAAGACACGUUCGGGAUCUUGAACGUCAGCGACCUGCAAUACGGCAACAUCGACUUCCCAGUCGUCAUCUCGCCACCCUUAUCGACAUGCGGUGGCCUGGGCGCAGCGAUCCACAGCUGCCCAGCGAUUGACGAGCAUGGCGAUACGGUAGCGAUGAUCGUGAACGACAGGACCAUUCGGCUUUACAUUGUCCCGCACAAAGCCGAUGGCGAAGAGACAACCUCAGUCGAGGCACACAGUAUAGACCACGAGCUUGAUGAAGGAUAUGGCUGUCCCUUCAGUGAAGUGCGGUGGGUUUACAGCUCCUCGUCCUUACCAGCCCCUUUGAACAACCAAACACAGGUCAAAGGUCGACUCAUUGUGACCAGCCCAGGCGGAGUCACGGAAUCUGGAAUCAGCGAGGAGAGUGUGGAAGAUAUCGAAGGUGGCAGAAUCAUUCUCUUCGACUUUGAUCCACAAUUCGCCGGUCAGCCAGGUCAAACUUUCACCUUGACGCUCGGCAAGAGCCCACCACAGCUGCUGGAAGAGGAGCAGGUGGAUGUCGCUGACCAGGUUGCGAUUGUCCGUAGGCGGACAGUCAACCAAAGCAAGGGCGGAGGCUUGAGCCAUCGACCAGCAGCUUUGGGGCGAGCGGCAACUACAUAUGGUCGGCGAGAUAUGCGGAGUGCCAGUCCGGCGUUGAGCAACUUCGGAGCUCAUCGAAAUCGAAGCAGUAUGAUGUCGAUUGGGAGCAUGCAGUCUGAAGGUGCGAGGAGCCUGCCAGAUUUGGUGGAAAGCAAUGAGCAGGCCGACGUGGUGCUAGAGGAACCAUACAUUCAAGGGGCGCCCAGAUCACAGGCUUCACUUCAACGAGCAGCAUCGAAUGCUCAGAGACAUCGAUUCCAGACGAUCGAAGAGCGCAACCAGGAGCGAGUGAGCGUGGAGAGCAGUGGCAACUUUUUACCACUCCCCGAAUACACAGAAGAGCCAAAUGCGCCGCUGCCUAGCAGAUAUCGUGCAAUGGCUGGUCUGGACGGGCCCAAAGUCUUCAACCCGGAGAAGCCAACAGUGGUAGCAAACCCCAACAGCAACGGUGUUGCGAGUGCCAGCUCGUCGGUACCACAGACUGCACCGGCUGAUGUUGGAGAGCAUUUCAGCGCUGACCUUGCAUUCCGAGCUGCGAAUGCUCAGGCUAGCUCGGCCACGAGAGAAACGAUGCUCGAGCGACCUCGGGGAGGGAUGGUUAUGCAAAGCCCAGUGUCGACACCGAGCUCAAUACCACAGUCAGAACCAGCGUCGAGCAGCUUUGCUCCCACUGGACCACAGAGAACGGGUACAUUCGACUCCAUUGGGUCCACGCCGGGAACUGGCACAUACGCUUCCUUUCGGUCACCAGAGCAGCCUGAAGCAUUCGAAUCGGUAGCUUCAUUGCCACGAAGCCUGCAGCGAGCGUACAGCAAUGCCAUUGCGAAUGGACCGCCACCGAAACUCGUUGGUGACUGGAAUAAUGUCAGCCCAAUUCCCGGUCGAGGUGUUCCAGAUCCGAUCGCUGUGUGGAGGAAUGAGAGAUUGCCGCCAUCGUCGACGAGCAGCAAUCAGGGAGAAGAGCCUUGGGAUGUCAUUUCGCCCGUCGGGUCGUCACCUCGCCAGGGGCCUCCUUUUGGACAGCCGGCCGGCAACCCAUACCGCUAUUCCACCUCACUGCUCAAUCCCCCGGGCCAUCUACCUCCACAUCGAGCGCCUAGCUCUGCCGGCUCAUUUGCGACCAUGCCUGGAACUACGAGUGCACCCUCAUCGGCUGGCGGACGACGAAUGCCUCCGCACAUGCAAGCAUUCCGCAGUGCGGCAGCCGCGAAUGCAAAUGCCAUCGCAUCUGCUUCUCUUUUCCCGCCUUCUCAGCCACCUGACCAUGUUCCAUUCCGGCCGAACACCGUCAAGGCCGGCACGGUCGCCCAUCCUAUCACGGCGUGGCAUCCACCAGCGGCCUCCACUCCAGCUCUGCGAACGAGUGGAAGUAUGAGAGGACAUUCCCGCAAGAGCAGUUUGGCAGGUAGGAGCGCCUUCGCCAGCACCGCCAAAGCGAAGAAACUCGGCUUCUUCAAAAAGAGCAAGAAGCCGGAUCCCUUCUCCCCAAGCCAUCCCAACGGCGAGAUGCUCGAGGGCAGCAGCGUGAUGGAGACGAAGAGCAUGAUGACCUGGAUGACCAAGUCAGACAACAAAUGUUCGGUGAUGUAA